UGAAGCCCCAGCACAGCCCGAGAGUGCCAGGGAACGGUGUGAGGAGCCAAAUCCAUCCCCCGUUCCUGUUAACAGGACCCCUCCAGCCCUCCAGAUCCUUACUACAGACGUGGAGAUCCCGGUCCCCCCGCAGAGCCUGCCUGGGAAAGAGGCGGCUGUAGUGAAUGAAGCGUGGAGCAGGGCGCUGGCAGAGCUGAGCUCUCCUGACUUGGCAACCAAGCACCCAUGUGACCCAGGACUGGAGACGUGCCUUUUGGAACCUCUGGUUCUCACCAGUGACACUGGCCUUGCCUCGUGCACAGGCUUGAUUGUGACAGGUCUGGCACCGGGAGCCGCUUCUCACCACCCACUCAAAGCUCAGAGCAACGGCCAGGACCUCUGCCUUCACCUUUUCUCUACCCUCCAAACCUUAAGGCUACGUUAGGCUACAUGGAGACUCAAUAAGUGAAUGUGAAACAAUUAAAAAGCGCAUGCACGCGCACACACAACAGCAUGAAGGUUUCCUGGGAAAUAACUCCAAAACCAUAAAGGUGGGGUAUGCUGGGAGGGUAGGUCAGUGCUUUGAUACUUGACCUUCUAGGUCCUUCCUGAGCAAGGUCAAGGUAGGGAUAUGAUUUGGAUCAGUAUUUCUCAAAGGCCCACAUGUAGAAGGUGUGGUACCCAGCCCGAAGUGCUACCGGGAGGUUGCGGAACCUUUCCGAAGGGGUCCAGUGACAGGAAGUUAGGUCACCAGGGAUGGGCCCGUGGAGGAGGCUGGGAGACACAGGCCCCUUCCUGUCCCUUUUUGUCUUCUGCUUCCUGGCCAUCCUGAGAGGAACGGCUGGCUCUGCCUCACAGUCUGUGUUGCGCUGUGCUGCAGCGGGCCAGAAGCAGUGGGCCCAGCUGAACGAAAACCUCCCAAUGCGUGGGCCAGAAGAAAUCCUUCCUCUCUUUUGAUAAUCUUGGGAAUUCUGUCGCAGCAAUAGCUGACUAACAGAGUGGGCCUGGUAGCGUUCUCUCAGCAGUGAGGCCUUGCUUUCCCCAUCAACUGUCCAUUAGGAAAUGGAGCACAGCCUCCUCGCUUACCUGCCUGAAGGCAUGAGAGCUUCUCCUUCCUGACUCUCACCCUCAGCGAAGAGGGAACAGCUUCCUAUUCUGGGGGCAGCACUGCAGCUCCCGGUGUGCUUCCCUCCCGGAUGUGCUCAGCUACGCCAAGGCCACUGCCAGCCUUCCCUCUGGGUGACAAGAAUUCAGGGGUGCAAUGUGUCUGAGGGUUCCCCUUGUGCUCUGUGUUCAGAGCUGCAGCGUGCUGAGACCCUCUCCCCCCCGUGCUCCUGUCCCAUGUUUAUUUAUCCAUCCACUCAGAAAAUACAUAUUAUCGCCUACUAGACCUCAGCACCAUGCCGGCAGAAAACAGACAACCUACAGGCUGAAACUAAGCCACAGGUACAUUGUGUUUGGCCCACAUCAUUUUUUUUUAAAUUUUGAAUUAAUUGCCAGAGUUUUAAAAUGUGAAUAUUGAUUUCUAGAUUUCCUUGCUUUGGUGAACAGCAAAUACAUACGGGUGUUCCUCAACUUACAAUGGAGAUUACAUCCCGAUAAACCUAUUGUAAAUUGAAACAUCACAUAAGCCAAAUAUGGUUUUCAUGCACAUAACCUACUGGACACCAUAGUUUAACCAUAACUACCUUAAACAUGCUCAGAACACUUACAUUAGCCUGUGAUUCGGCAAAAUCCUCUAACACAAAGCUACUUUAUAUUAAAGAGUUGAAUAUCUCACAUAAUUUACUGUACCAAAAAUGAAGAACAGUAGAAGACUUUGCACCACUGGGAAAAAGAAAUUGUACUGUAGGUGGAACCAUCCUAAAUCCAGGCCUCUGGGCGCUUAGCACUUGCUCUGUGCCAGGAUGGGUUGAUUCUAUUCUGUGGCACACACUGACUCAUUCUGGCCUGGUAAUAACGGCAUUCUGCCUGUUCAUUCAACAAAUAUUGAUUGAGGGCCCGAACCUGCCAGGCACUAUUUGGGCAAUGCAGAUGAAGCCAGAAGCAACACAAAAUCACUUCUUUUCUGGAGCUGGCCCUCUGCUGAGGGCAGUCUGGAGGGUAUCCAUGGAGGUGGGGCUGGGCGUGGGGGUUGUGCUAUUGGAAGCAGAGUGGUCAGAAUGGGCCUUGUUGAGAAGGUGACAUUUAAGCCACAAUGUAACCAAGGCAAAGGACGAAAGGAACCUCCCGAUCAGAGAGAGGUGAAGAAACACGUGCACUCCUGGGAUCCCAGCUAUUCAGCAGGCUGAGGUAGGGGGUUACAAGUUUAAGACCAACCUGGGCAACCUAUAAAGAUCCCAUCUCAAAAUAAGGGAAAAAAAAAAAAAAAAAAAAAAAACAAUUAAAAGGGCUAGACAUGUAGCUCUGGGCUCCCCAGGUUCCAUACCCAGUAACACGGAAACAAAACAAACAGCAAACAAGUGAAUAAAGAAAGUGCCUCGGGCUGCACAGCCAGGGAAGCAGCAGAGCGGGCAUGUGAGCUCCAGGGGGCUGCAGUCUGUGCUCUGAACUGCUGCCUAACCGAGUUUGCACCUGAGACGCCAGGCUGACUUGAGACACAGGGUCAGUGUGGAAGAAAAGCCUGGGCCACCACAGCCCUUUGGGGGCGGGAGGGGGCUAUGGGAUGCCCUGGCCCAAGGGCUGAAACUCCCUCCUUUCCUCCCGGGAUGAUUUGCUCGCCUGCUCUCAGCUCUUUAAUCUCAGGAGGGUUCUGGGAGCUCCCGGCCCCUCCUUCCUCCAAGAACUGGGAAGAACUGGCUGCAAAUCCCCCCUAAUCCACCAGCGUCUCAACUUUGCCGCCCGUGGAAGCAGAGCCCCAGCAGCCAGACCACACGUCCUCGCCACCGCCAGCCGGUGCCCACUCGCCCUCACCCAUGGGGAAUAGCAGAAGCGGGGCGCUGUCCAAGGAGAUCCUGGAGGAGCUGCAGCUGAACACCAAAUUCACAGAGGAGGAGCUGUGCACCUGGUACCAGUCGUUCCUGAAAGAGUGCCCCAGCGGCCGCAUCACCCGGCAGGAGUUCGAGAGCAUCUACGCCAAGUUCUUCCCCGACGCGGACCCCAAGGCCUACGCGCAGCACGUGUUCCGCAGCUUUGACGCCAACAGCGAUGGCACCCUGGACUUCAAGGAGUACGUCAUUGCCCUGCACAUGACCACCGCGGGCAAGCCCACCCAGAAGCUGGAAUGGGCCUUCUCCCUGUACGACGUGGACGGCAACGGGGCCAUCAGCAAGAACGAAGUGCUGGAGAUCGUCAUGGCCAUUUUCAAAAUGAUCAACCCCGAGGACGUGAAGCACCUUCCAGAUGAUGAAAACACCCCAGAAAAGCGGGCGGAGAAGAUCUGGACAUUCUUUGGAAAGAAAGAUGAUGAUAAAAUUUCAGAGGAAGAAUUCAUUGAGGGGACCCUGGCCAAUAAGGAAAUUCUGCGACUGAUCCAGUUUGAGCCUCAAAAAGUGAAGGAAAGGAUAAAAGAAAAGAAACAGUGAUGCCAACUGCUCAGCUCCUCCCUCCCUCUCACUGCCCCACUUCAACACGUUUGAGUGUGCACGCAUAUACCACACACGCGCGCGCACACAGGCGCACAUACACACACGCACACAGGCACGCCCAGGGCCAAGGGAGAGGCCUUCAGACCUCCAGCCGGACUGAAGGAUCCUUAGCAGUGCACCAGCCCCCUCCUCCCCCUGCCUGUCCUGUCCCUCCUGUCAUGUCACUCCUGCCUUCCCUCCCCCUCCCUCGCCUGCUGUGCCUGCAUAAUAAUCCCAGGAUUAAGUGACAAGAGUCCUAAAUGUUAGCCCUGCCUAAGCUCCUUUGUGAAUUGCUGAGUAAGUGGAUUCCAAUAAAUUCAAGAGGAACUGGA